AUGGGUUCACCAGGAAACAGUGCGACCUUAUCUCGAGCCACACCAAGACGAGGAGCUGUCAAACGUAUUUAUUAACGUUAAUAUUAUUUCGUGUUUCUUGUUGACUCAACCGCUGUCUGGCCCAACGUGUAAGCUGGCUGAACGUUACCUACAUGGCUGCUCACAUCAACAUUAAACAUAUGAGCAUGUGACCAAGGACUAGGGUCUACAGCACAUGAUCUGGACAAGUGGAGGAGGCCAAAAUCAAUCAGGGUACAUUAUUUCAAAGUGGUCAGUCGGGAGUGAAUAGCCAUGACAACAAAGACAUCCCUGCUUAAAGUCAUUCUGCUGGGCGAUGGUGGUGUCGGAAAAAGCUCCAUCAUGAAUCGUUAUGUUACCAACAAGUUUGAUGCACACCUUUUCCACACCAUUGGUGUAGAGUUCCUCAACAAGGAACUGGAGGUAGAUGGCCACCAGGUUACCCUACAGAUCUGGGACACUGCUGGCCAGGAGCGCUUUCGCAGCUUGAGGACUCCUUUCUAUCGUGGCUCUGACUGCUGCCUGCUCACAUUCAGUGUAGAUGACAGCCAGAGUUUUCUCAACUUAGGCAACUGGAAGAAGGAGUUCAUCUACUAUGCAGAUGUCAAGGAGCCAGAGAAGUUCCCAUUUGUAGUCUUGGGCAACAAACUGGACGUUACAGAAAGGCAGGUGUCUUCUGAGGAGGCUCGGCAAUGGUGCCAGGAGAACGGUGACUACCCCUAUUAUGAGACCAGUGCCAAGGAUGCCACCAAUGUAGCGGUGGCCUUCGAGGAGGCAGUGCGUAGAGUGUUGGCAUUGGAUGAAAGAACGGACCACCUCAUCCCCACAGACACAGUUAAGCUUCACAGAAAGCCUCGCUCUGCUACCACUUGCUGUUCAUAACAUUCAGGGGUUAUCACUAACAAUACAUUGCUGUUAUGCCUGUUAUGUGAUGAGGCUGUAUGUUUACAAUGCUGUAAUAACAUCUUAUUUAAACAAAUUAUGCUACUGGCUUUAUGAUUUGUUAUACUGUUGAAGGUUUGAUAAUGCUAAUAGUCUGACUUCUAUUUGAAGGGAAAGAGGAAACACUAAAUUCAUCCCAGUGUAAUUACAAAAAACAUGAAAUCACUGAAUCAUUUACUCAGCUCUGCCACAGUUCAAAAGUCAGGCUUUGGAUGGGUAGCAGAAAAAUAAACUAUAUUUUGUGUUGGCCCAAAACUGGGAACCAAAAAUCUGUCAUGAUAAAACAAAGGCAAUAUAUUUGAAAAGUUUCACUUCCCUCUCAAAUGGUUUUCUGUCAUGGAUGCAUAUUAUAAUGCGACUCUUAAAACUACUACCUGUGUACUACCUUGGGAGUGCGAUCAUGAAAGGGUUACUGAACUUUACUCCUAAAUGUAAUAACACAGUGAUGGCCUAUAUAUUUAUAUACAGAAAAUAACUGCCUAAUUAAUUUAUGCAGCCCAAUAACAUUAUUUGUGAGAAUUAUGAAGUAGCUAAGGCACUACUAUGUGUAACUAACAAAUUGAGGCUUGUAUUAUUGCACCUUUAGGUCUUCUUCGUGCACAUUUUGCUUAGUGAAUAGAUUGUAUGCUGAAAGCACUGAGGGACAAGAUCCCCAAUAGAAGAUCAAUAUUAAAGCAAAGUUAACAUGCAUGGCAUAUGGUGUAUUUAAGUUUCUGGAAACAUUUGUAUUUUGUAAACCGUUUUUACCUUACAAAUCACUGAAUCAAUGUUGCCUUGAGGACAGUGCAUUGGAAUAGCAGUCAUGAUUGAGUAAACUGUUAUCCUCAUUGUUGGGUUUGUUUUAAAUAAUGAUUUUGAUCUUUAAAGCACUCUAUUAACAUUUUUAUACUUGCAGUUUAAAGUCUUUCCCCACAGCUUAAUAUUUACAAUGGUGAACCAUUUAUUUACCUUGUUUCUUAUUCACAUUUCAUUCAUAUUCAAAGUUGUAUUACUGGUAUGGCAAAUGAUAAAUAAACCACCUGAGAACUGUCUCUUAAAGCA